UUUUAACCCCUUUCCUUGCGAUGUGGAUCCGCCCUUGCGCCCGGCCCCUGCUCGCCUUCCGUCACCCCCGGGGCCUCUCCCUGGACCCCCUGCCCGCCCGUCGUUCGCUGAGGAAGAAGCCCCUGCCCCUCCUCAAGUUGAGGGAGGUGCCCGUGACUCUGACCGAAAUCUGCCAGUACCUGCGGGCCCGAGGCAUCCCCUUCCGCGACGGGCACUGCUGCCUCCACCUCCCCAGCCCCUUCGCCGGACACGGGGAAAGGGACGGGGAGGACGGCGGCCUCUACAUCGACAAGACGACGGGCCGGUUCCUGUGCAGGGCCACCCAGGCGGAGGGCAGCUGGCAGGACUUUCAGGCCCGCGUGGAGGUGUCGGGGGGAGGGCCCCCGGAGCGUCCGGGGGAGCCGGUCCUGGGCUCGUCCGACGCCGAGGCGGCACGGCGGCUGUGGGCCCGAGCUGUGCCGCUUUGGGAGCUGCCAGCCGAGGAGCGGGAGGCCGCCCGGGCCGCCUUCGGCCUGUCCCCGCUGUCGGCCUCCACACUGAGCCGCUUCUCCGUGCGCUACUUGCGCGGGGCCCGGAGCCUCGUGUUCCCCUGGUUCUGCCCACGCGGUGGGAGCGGGCUGCGCGGCCUCAAGCUGCUGGGGGCGGAGGGCGACGGCCACGUGGAGACCACCCUGCCGCGGCCGGCCGCCUACCUCAACCUGUUCGGCCUGCCGCUCGUCGGCAGGAUGGACACCGAGGUGGUGCUCACCGGGCGGGAGCUGGACUGUCUCGCCCUGCACCAGGCCACGGGGAAGCCCACGCUGGCCCUGCCCCGCAGCACGGCCUGCCUGGCCCCCGCCCUGCUUCCUUACCUGGAGCCCUUCGAGCGCAUCGUGCUGUGGCUCGGGGACGAUCUGCGCUCCUGGGAGGCCGCCAAGCUCUUCUCCCGCAAACUGAACCCGGAGCGCUGCUGGCUGGUGGUGCCCAGUGAGCAGCGGCCUCGCCCCCUGGACGCCCUGUCCCGGGGCCUGAGCUUGCCCCACAUCCUGGGCACGGCCCAGCCGGCCCACCACCCCAAGGGCAUCGUCUCCUUCCGCCAGGUCUGUGACGAAGUGCUGAUGGAACUGGCCAACGCCGAGCAGGUGGCCGGUGUCCGGUGGAGCCGCUUCCCGGACCUGAACCGUCUCCUGAAGGGGCAUCGUAAGGGGGAGCUCACCAUCGUCACAGGGCGGACGGGCAGCGGGAAGACAACGUUCAUCAGCGAGUACUCGCUAGACCUGUGGACACAGGGGGUGAGCACGCUGUGGGGCAGCUUUGAGAUCGGCAACGAGCGGCUGGUCCAGGUCAUGCUCACCCAGUUCUCCCGGGGGCGGCUGGAGGAGGAGCCGAACCAGGAUGACGCGUGGGCCGACAGAUUUGAGGACCUGCCGCUCUACUUCAUGACCUUGCAUGGGCAGCAGAACAUCAAUACCGUGUUGGACACCAUGCACCUUGCAGUCCACGUGCAUGACGUCUGCCACGUCAUCAUCGACAACCUGCAGUUGGUGAUGGGACAAGGGCAGCGGUCGGCAGACAGGCUCACGGCCCAGGACAACGUCAUUGGGGCAUUGAGGAAGUUCGCCACCGACAGCGGCUGCCACGUGACCCUGGUCGUCCACCCCCAUAAAGAGGAUGACAAAAGAGAGCUGCAGACAGAGUCCAUUUCUCGAUCGGCUGAGGUGGCAGACAACGUCCUCAUCCUCCAGGACAGGAAGCUGGUAACAGCUCCGGCCAAGCGCUACCUGCAGGUGGCCAAGAACCGCUUUGACGGGGAUUUGGGCACCUUUCCGCUGGAGUUCUGCAAGACCUCGUUGACCUUCUCCCCCCCAGUCAAGGGCAAAGCUCGGCCCAAGAAGGGAAAGGAAGGCAACCAUCUGGCCUCCCCCAAGGCCCCGGGGGCCAGUAAGGAGGAGGAGGCCCCAGGGGAGCUGUGAGGUCAGCUGUUCCCAGAUCGGCCACCCCACUACCACCCCAGCUCAGAGCUGGGGCGUGAGGACAGGGAGCAGCAGGCUGUGGGAUGGAGGGGUUGGUGUCUACCUGCCCCCGCAAAGAGCAGCUCCAUGGCACCCUUCGCUACCAGAGGGCCAGGUGUCACCCUCGUCCUAUUGACCGUCCCUGGGUCCUCUGGCCUUGGGUGUCCUGGGGCGCCAGUAUGACCCUGGGCCUUGAGGGCAGACAUAGCAUAUCUGUCUGUCUGUCUGGACAGCAGGCCAUGAGGUUGACCCAGCUGUGGGGGCUCGGGGCCAUGAUCUCCACCAGGCUGGCCCCAUGACGGGGAAGGUUUGCAGCUCCUUAGAGGAAGAGAGCAGGCGGGGAGGACAGCAGGUGGAAGGGACCGGCGGGGUGGGGGGCACUGUGGGCUAAGGGUCUGUGGUCCCCCAUAACCAGGUAAGCUGGAAUGGAGGCUGGCAGGGGUACAGCCGGUGAGGGGGAGGAGGAGAGUGUGACUGGUGGGCGGCAGCCUUAGGGCUGAGCCAGAAGCCACCCCACCCCCCAGCAAGUCAGGCCAGGGGCAUCCAUCCGCUCCUGCUGGCACAAACGCACAAAAACGCCGUUUUUGAAAAAUGAAUAGAGACCUGGGCUCUUGAAUGACCAGUGGAAACGGAGAAGGUCAGGGCACUGGGGGUAUGGGGCAGGACCUUGUGCCCAUGAAUUCAGCCUGGGCUACCGGUCCUUCCCUGCCACUGUCCCUCCAGUCCUCUCCGCAGGGCCGAAUACGACUCCGAGGCCUAAGGGGCUUCCAGGGAGGAGCCCACAUUGAUCUCUUUGGCAUUUUUUGUGUUGAAAGAGUUGGGUUUUUAGCUUCCAUUUAUCUGUGCUCGGGUUUGGUCCCCAGGAGUCAUUUAUUGCCUGAAUUGAUUAAAAGCUUAAAACUUUAAA